AUGCCCAAUGACCCUAAUCCAUCUCCCUCCACGCCUCUAAACGGUACGCUGCCGUUUGAAAUUCUCACGUGCAUCCUGGAUUAUUUUGCCUUUGAACUCCACGGACAGCCGGUGCGCAUCGGACCUACUUCCCCAGAUUCUUCUGAGGGAUCAGAUUCAUCUUCCGAGGCUGCUUCUUCAUCUUCCCGUUUAUCUCUUUCACCUUCCCAAUUCCUCGAUUACCGAUUGGUUUGCAAAGCAUGGUCUGAAGCUGUCAUAUCAAUAUAUUUUCGUGAUAUCCGCUUGGACAAUUCGCGUCGCGCACAAAUCAUUUUGGACAACUGGACUGAUGCUAUCUAUGGCCCAAACCUCUCAUGCCCCGUCAGGCGUCUUUCUAUCCGAAAUAUGUGGUAUUCGAGACAAGGAGCUAUAGUGAGAUGCCGAGAUCGAGCCUCACCACCAGUGGUGAUGGAUCAGGUGGUGCCACUCAUCAAACUGCUCGGCCUCAACUUGAAUGAAUUGUCAAUUGUAUACACUCACUCAAUGGGUGUCCGACCAGCUAUGGUCAAAGCGGUUCAGGCCCUCACCCAUCUCAAGGAAUUGAGCAUCUCGCACGUACCUUGGGGUAGUUACGCAAAGGGAAUUUACGAUUCGAAAUCUUUGGUUGAUCUCAUGGCUGCUAUUCCUCGACUCGAAUGCUUAACAAUACACUGGAGUGAUCUCGGAAAUCUGCCAUUUAAACCUAAUGCAUUAAGCAAGUUGAGACGGUUCUCUUUCACGUCUUAUUGCAACAAUAGCAAAGCUCUUACUCACAUCUGCGAGACUGCAAAAGAUAGCUUAAAGGUUGUUGAUAUUUCCUCUGGUGAUAGAGGUCAAGAAAAUAUUGGACGCAUACUCAAACCAAUACAAGCCAAUCUCGAAGGUUGCUUUACCACUGUAUUUAGUGUCAUUCCAACUUCCGUUCUCAAGAUGGAAUUUCCAAAACUCCGCGUGAUAGCUAGUUGGCAUUGCCCUUUUCCACUUGGAUCAGAAUUGAAAUGGUUAAAUUGGCUCAACUGGCCGAUGCUUCAACAUGUUCGCACACUCGUUACGCCUGUCCCGCAGAAGUAUUGGAAAAAGGCAUUAAACUUAGCUGGACUCAACGCCUUUCAGAAAGUUCCCAAUCUUAAACACAUUAUCUUUACCGGAUCCGGUGUGAAGGCAGAUCCUCAUCUGACUGAGGCGUUCAAAUUGCGCGGGGUUCAGUGUCACUGCAGACCAAAGUUCACAACCGAUGAAAUCAUGAUUCUCUGGACCAAACUAGAUCAAAAUGUCUUUCUGAUGUUUAUCGUUGAUUCUAAUAGCGAGUAUUCAAUAGGCAAAAUAGAUACAGUUUAUGACUUCUUUGCGCGUUUGCUGCCGGUACAAGGACUCCGAAGGUUUUGUAAUCAAUCGUCAGAGAAACAAUUUACAACUUUUCAUUUGCUUGUUAUCCAGAUGACACCAUGUUUGAGCCUACACAACAUGGAUGUUUCACUACAAAAUAGGACAUGGUCAGUUGGAUGUAUAAUUCUAGGCACUGUCAAUAUCAGGGAACUUGUAACAUAG